GUCCUGAAGUAUUUGAAGAAGCAGAAACUCGCGGCGCCAUUCUUGCAUCCAGUUGACGCCGAGAAGCUACAGAUUCCUGACUACCCCACCAUUAUUAAACAUCCCAUGGACUUGGCUACAGUCGAGACUCGGCUGGCCUUGAAGCCAUCUUACUACAAAUCAGCAGAAGAGUUCAUCGCCGACGUAAAUUUGAUCUUCAACAAUUGUUAUACUUACAACGGACAUGAAUCUACUAUCUCUCGCAUGGCUUUGGACCUCAGUGCCCUGUUCGAUAGCCAGAUGAAGAAACUCCCCUCCGAAGAG